ACUCACUCUCCGCCUGUUGUCCCGCACGGCUCGGCUCGGACACACGCAGACACUCAAAACACACCGCGAGGACACGGAAUGGAGACGGAAGGGAGCCAGACCAGCCUGUCCACCACGGACUCCCCUCACGACCCCUGCAAAAUGUUCAUAGGUGGACUCAGCUGGCAAACAACACAAGAGGGUUUGAAGGAGUACUUCUGCAAGUACGGCGAGGUGAAGGAGUGUAUGGUGAUGCGAGAUCCGGUUACUAAGCGCUCGAGAGGGUUUGGAUUCGUCACCUUUGUUGAUCAGGCCGGCGUGGAUAAAGUUUUGGCCCAAACCAGGCACGAGCUGGACUCAAAAACAAUCGACCCAAAGGUUGCAUUCCCUCGCAGAGCUCAGCCUAAGCUGGUGACUCGAACCAAGAAGAUCUUUGUGGGAGGACUGUCAGUGAACACAACCAUCGAGGACGUGAAACAGUAUUUCGACCAGUUUGGGAAGGUCGACGAUGCCAUGCUCAUGUUCGACAAGACCACCAACAGACACAGAGGCUUCGGCUUCGUGACGUUUGAGAACGAGGAUGUGGUGGAGAAAGUCUGCGAGAUCCACUUCCACGAGAUCAACAACAAAAUGGUGGAGUGUAAGAAAGCCCAGCCCAAGGAGGUGAUGUCCCCCACGGGCUCAGCCAGGGGGCGCUCUCGUGUCAUGCCCUAUGGAAUGGACGCCUUCAUGCUGGGCAUUGGUAUGCUAGGUUAUCCAGGUUUCCAGACAGCUACUUACACCAGUCGGAGCUACGCUGGCAUCACUCCUGGAUAUACCUACCAGUUCCCUGAGUUCCACUUAGAGAGGACUCCCCUUCUGACUUCACCCCACCCCCCUGAGCUCACAGCCAUUCCUCUCACAGCGUACGGACCAAUGGCAGCAGCAGCGGCGGCAGCAGCAGUAGUUAGAGGUAUGUGACAUUACUAACAUGUGAAAUUAAAGUGACCCACUUCCUGAUAUACAGAAUUCAGUAGAACAAAAAAGCAGUUUUUAAAAGUAU